CCCCCUCUCUCUCUCCCCCUCUUUUCCGCUGCUGCCUCUUUGCCUCCCUAAAUCAAGGUGCAAAGAUGCCAAAGAGUGAUGAAAUGAAAAGAAAGCCAAUUGCUGGACUGAGGUGGGGGAGAUAGCUGCUCGGAGUCCGCCUGCGACUAUGGAGCAGUCAGUAAUUGCUGGAGACAGGGAGAGCUGGGGGUUGGGCUGAGGUAGCCAUGUAUAAAUAGUGUGAUCUCAAAUUGAAAGGCAUAAAUAACAGCAGGAGUGAUCUAACCCUAUACAGCCCAUCUUCUACGUGCAAAAACAGCGUGCAGAGGACGGCCACAUCUCCGAUUGAAAACAAGUGGAUCUCUGUGGAUAAGAUCAUCGGGCAGCCAUGGAAGAACUUACGGCUUUUGUAUCCAAAUCUUUUGACCAGAAAAGCAAAGAGAGCAGCAGCGGCAGUGGCAGCAGCAACAAGAAGGAGACGAUCACGUACAGGGAAGUUUUGGAGAGUGGGUUGGCUCGCUCUAGGGAGCUUGGAAACUCUGACUCUAACCUACAGGACAUGACCGAGACCAGCAACCAUUGCCCGGUGCAUCUUUUCAAAGACCAUGUAGAGAGCGACAAGGACAAACUGAAGGAGUUCAACACGGGCAGGACGGCGGAAGGUAUCUACGAGUGCAAAGAGAAGAGGGAAGAUGUGAAGUCAGAAGAUGAAGAUGGACAGACCAAGCUUAAACAAAGGAGGAGCAGAACCAAUUUCACACUAGAGCAGCUGAAUGAGCUGGAAAGACUUUUUGAUGAGACUCACUAUCCGGAUGCCUUCAUGAGGGAGGAACUAAGCCAGAGGCUGGGUCUCUCUGAAGCUAGGGUUCAGGUAUGGUUCCAGAACAGGAGAGCAAAGUGCCGAAAGCAGGAAAACCAGAUGCACAAAGGUGUGAUCCUGGGAACCGCCAGCCAUUUAGACGCCUGCAGAGUAGCCCCUUAUGUGAAUAUGGGAGCCCUGAGGAUGCCUUUCCAACAGGUCCAGGCGCAGCUGCAGCUGGAGGGCGUGGCCCACGCGCACCCGCACCUGCACCCGCACCUGGCGGCCCACGCGCCCUACCUGAUGUUCCCGCCGCCGCCCUUCGGGCUGCCCAUCGCCUCCCUGGCGGAGUCCGCCUCCGCCGCCGCCGUGGUGGCCGCUGCCGCCAAGAGCAACAGCAAGAACUCCAGCAUCGCCGACCUGAGGCUGAAGGCCCGGAAGCACGCCGAGGCCCUGGGGCUCUGACACGCUUCACCCGAGCCCCUCCCCCCACACCCCGCCCCAGGUGCCCGCGGCGGGCGUGUGUGUGACCCGCACGGACCGCCGCUCUGACCCCCCCGCUCCUCAUCAUACUCCUCCUCCUCCCCGGCCGCAGGGCGAGCAGCGAGCGCUCCGGCCUCCCUGCCGCCUUCUCUUUCUUAUUUUGUUUUUUUUUUAUUUGUUUGUUUCUUCCCCCUUCCCCGAGGUCUGCGAGCGCUCGGCGGCUGCACCCUCCAGCCGCUUUCCUCGCCCGCUCGCCCCCAGGGACUCGGCGGCCGCGGACGUGCCGCGUGGCGCGGUGGGGACGCUCCGCGGACACAUCCACACACACACGCGCAGCAAACACGCACCCACGAGUCAGAGACUCCUCGGAGGACAAAGUAGGUGGGAGGAGAGAGAAAACAAAGUUUAAACAAAUUGACAAAAAGAGAAAAGGAAAAAAAAAAAAGAAAGGAAACGAUCUCUAAAUUAUGUUAAUCUGUGAACAUUGGGGACACUUUGGAUUUUUGACCCUGGCAAAAGUGAUCGCUCCGGCAUAACGUCAUCUGCUGCUGUCAGUUUUGCUACCUUGUGCAUGUGUCAAACUAAACACGUUUUGAAGAUCAGAAAUAUAUUAGAACGAAACUAAACAAAACAAAUAGUAAUAAUAAUAAAUAAUAAAUCCUUGGGGCUGGUCUCCAUUAAAGAUGACAUUUCUUUGUUGCCAACAGUAUUAUUUCACUGCCAUGAAUCUCUUCCAUCACUGAGGAGCUGCUGCUGCAGAACUGGUUUGAAUUUAAAUGUGGAAUUUCAGAUCUGAGGCAAGGCAGGUUUUUUUUUCUUUCUUUUUUUUUUUUUUUUUUACUUAUUUUCUUUCCUAAAAAAAAAAAAAAAAGCAGCAAUAACAAAAAAAAAAGCGUGUCUCAAAUGUCUGUGUCCUUUGAAAGGAGAAAAAGAGAGAGACUAGAAGUUAUUAAUUGUUAGUGAUAACUUGAAAAAUGGGAACAAUAAGAAAUGCACCUGUUUUGCCAGAAUCACCUGAACUCAGAGAUGCAUUGAGCCAUGGAAAGAGGUCAGAUUUUCAAUAUUUUUUUCCAAAUGCCUGGAUCUUUGAAUCACAAUCUUACUGUUUUAGAGGAUGUAGAAAGAAUGAAUUAUACAAAAAAGAUGGACAUAUCGUUUUAAGACAUAAUACUGAUGCAGCAUUAAUUUUAGUGAAAUGCAAUUAGGUGCAGUAAAGUGCAAUACUGUAAAUAUUAUAGAUUAAAAAAAAUAGCCGUACUUAUUCUGUUAAUAACCGAUUCUGCAAGAAGCGUAACUUAAAUCCUUUAUGGUCAGACUGGUGCAUUGCAGCUCUUUGCCAAAAUGACAGUCUGAAUCUUCUAUGAAUGGAUAAAGCUGCUUGUAUCACAUAUGGGAAAAGGUAGAUGCCAUGACUUCUAGUCAAAUUAAUGUGCCAUAUUUUUGGGAAACAGGAUGAAAAGACUAUGUGACAUUUUCACAAUAAUUUUAAUUAAAAAAACUCCCCAACAACAAAAUCAAACAAACUAAAACAACCCAUAGAAGUGUUUUGUAGAAGCGGACAAGUUCAAUAGUUGGCCAUUUUAAUUUUUGCCUGUGAUUUAGAUGCCAAGUAUUAAGCUAAUGCUUAAGCAAAGUAACUACGAUAAAUCCAGCAAGACUGGGGAGCAGGGAAAUUCUUUAAAUUAUAUUACCAAAGUGUCUGAGUUUACUGACCCCACUUCCCAGUUUUACUUUUUAUGUUAUUGACUUCUAAUUAGGUUUGGGGGUUUUUUAAAUUUUUGUUUGAGAGGAGAGAAGAAGGUACAAAUAUUGGUUUUGUCUUCAUCUAAAAAGCUAUUUUUUGCCUUUGUUACCAAGGUCUGCGUUGAUGGAAGGUUAUCCUCUCAAUAGUACCAUUAUUAGGCCUGCUUUUUAUGUAUUGUUUAGCAAUCCAUUGCUAGUUUUGGCUUUUGCUGAUAUUUAUAAAAUCCAAAUAUUAUCAUAGGACAAAAAUUCAUGCUUAGGAUAAUUUUAGACACUUUUCUUCUUCUUAAUUUGGUUUUUUUGUUUCUCCCUCAAAUUCCGAUAUUUUCUAGCAAUCAAAGUUUCUGCAAUGUCAAAGUUGUGCCAUUUCUCUUCUACUUACUACAUGAUAAGUAGUUAUAUUUUUGAUUUGCUAGGCCUGAUAAAUGUUGCCUGCCUUUUUUACCUCUCUGUAAAAGCCUAGCACCUUUUUAAAGCAAGGCUAAAAUAUUAAGGUAGCAUUACUUCUUGCUGAGAAAUACAGACCAAAUCUCAGGCAAUUAAGAAAUUUUUUUUUGAAAUAAAACAUUACCUAGAAAAUAAAAUGUUAUUCAUGAUGACGUAUGAAUUUCUGGCUAAAAUGAGAAAUAUUUGGAGUGGUUCCAGCACUUCUAAAAUGCAGAUCUGAAAAAUAAUAAACAUAACUACAGAGAUGGUUUAGGCUAUAGUAAGUAACCUGUUGUACUGGUACCCACAGCAUUCAAGGAGAAUUAGAUUCACAGUGUUAAAGUAUAGAGCUUUUGAUUGAGUAAGGGCUGCUUGUUAUCUGUACCUGUGAUCUAAUCAUUACCAUUUCAGAUCCUCUUUUGAGACCUUAAAAGAAGCUUACGUGAUUUUUUCCAGUCCUGUGCUGGACUUUCACAAAGGAGGGAUUUUCAACCUUGAAUAAUUCCACAGAAUGAAGUGGUUGAAAGUGCAGGCUUGGGACCUGAAUCUUCUCAGAUAUCUGCGUGAGGCUGAGAAGUGUUACCAAUCUCACAGUCUUACAGGAUGCACAUGCAGUAUGCAUCCACCUUGUAUGGGAAGGAAUAACUUUUCCACCUUUACUGUUUUACUAGGUACAAACACAGCAAAAAAUGCUUGUAGAUUUGUCUCAGAAUUUUUGGUUCUUUCUUGUAUUCAAAAAAGAGUGGAAACAUGAAUACAAUUCCCUGCUAAGAUGAAACAAGGCUGGUAGGGUAGCAUACAUCUUUCCAGAAUGAAAUAUUCUUAUAGUUUUUUCUGAUUGCUUUCAAUGAAUGUCUCAAGGACAUUCUUGCUCUUUACACAGAAGAGAAGAAGGUGGCAAGAUUUAUCAGCUUAGCCUGUUUUGAAGGAGGUACCAGAGAUUGGCCUGGGGAGAGGGGCAGGGUGUUGCUGUGAAUCUACCAAGGUGUUUCAUGCUGCUCUUGCAUUUCAUUUAGCAUGAAAGGAAAUGAAAAGGUGCACUAUGUAAGGGUUGUCACUGAAACCAGUUCUGCUUUGCUUAUUUCUUGAAUGGGCUGAUUUCAUCAGUGGUGGCAUAAAAGCUUUGUUUUUGAUGAUGCACAUAGGUGGUCUUCUCUUCUUGUCAUCCUUACAUCAUUGGGAAGAAAUGAGGCAUCCUAUCUUGGCUACUGUGUACUGGACUGUACUUUUCUCUAAGUGUAAGUCACUGUGGCUCCAUUCACCAUGUGGAACUCCAGUGAUCAUACAAGUUGAGAUUCUGGACCAAAGCAUCUACUCCAUCUCUGUUAAUGUGGUGUCUCUCUUUUGUUUGUUAGUUUAUUGUUUAAUUAUUUUUCUUAAGUAGGUUGGAGAUUGAAGACAACAUAAUAAUGGUCCUGAGGUGCUUAUUAAAGUUUAAAAGUAUUGUAAUCGUUUUAGAUUCUCAGGCAUGCCAAGCCUCAUUUAUUGUCUGCCAUCGUCCAGCCUGAUCCUUGUGUAAUCUUUCAUUUGAGAAGAGUGAGAUUUCCAAGAUCAUCAGAACAGCAGCCACUGAGCAGAGUUUCCUUGGAGGAGGCCCUCAUUUAGUGUAUGUGGAUUGGUAAAGAACCUUUCUCAAAAGUUCUGUCUGGUAUUUGAAAAAUAACUUGAAUGAAUGCCAAAUGAAAAAUGCUGUUUAUAAACAAGUCUAUAAAAAAGGCUUCAUGCAUUGAGUGGACCCCUUUAUAAUGGAAAAAAUACAUUCUGGUUUUUUUUUUUUUUGAAACUGUCACAUGAGCUUAAACACUUCAUUUAUUUGUAUCAAAAUAGCAAAUUGACUCCAUGGCUCAUUUUUAUUGACUUGGAAACAUGUGAAAAAAAUUAUACUGAAAGUUUUUUUGCUUAGUAGGGUCAUAUAGAUGUAGUGACAUUUUGGUUAAUAUCAUAAUACUUAGCACUUAUAUAAUGUUUAUUUGCAAAGCACUGUAUAAAUGUCUAUUAUUUAAUCCUCACCCAUUAUGAGCUAGGUAAGAAUUAUUAUCCCCAUUUUUUAAGAAAUUAAAGCAUAUAAAUCAAGGGCCAGGUUCCAUCACCUUUUGUCAGCACUGAGUAUUAUUACUUUUGUUUUUGUAAUGUAGGAACAUCCCCCAGAUCACAAUCUGACAUGAACUUUGUGGUGGUAGACAACUUUCUAUGUAGCAGAGGCCCUGCUCCUAGAAAUUUAAACUCUGACUUCAGGCAAGUCUCAAAUGGCACAUUUGAGACUUUGUUUUGGAGUGGCAGAAUUUGCCCAUGAGUUAUUUCCACAGAACAUGUAGUUACUGCCCAACGCUCUGACCCCAUAUGUCAGUGGGAAUUUGGUUUAUGGCUCAGUGGGGCUGAGUUGUUUCAGUGUUAAGGCUGCAACCAAAUUUCUGAGUUCCCAACAGCAUGCACGAAUUGCUUGGAAACCCUGAUUUCCAACUUCCCCUACUAUAAAUUUUUCACACAGACCAAAUGUACAGAUGUCAAUUCUUUGCAUGCUUUAUCUGCUAUGUCUUUUAGUCCUAUGUUUGCCUAUAAAAUAAUAAUAAGACAUGAUUUUGAAUUGACAUAACAUUGACACAUUGGGACUGUUGAGUCAAAUAAAACAGAGAUGUAGUCUGACGAAAGUCCAAGUCCCUAAGGUAAAGCCAGAAUAUGGAUUCUUUUUUUUAAAAUUGGUGACAAAAAAAUACGCAUGUUUCUGCUUGUUUAAAUGUACUAGGCAAAAUAAUUUUUUUAUUAUUAAAAAGAUAAUAUUAGUUUUUGGAGACAGUAUUGAUUUGGCAGGAUUUUUUUCCCCUUCGUUUAAGGAAAACUUUCAAAGUAUAGGAAGAAUAGAUUACACAUAUUUCUUAUAAAUGUGCUUAUUUUUGUAAUAUCUAAUAUCUAAUUAUUCAGAUGAUGUCCUUGUAAUUGCUAAUUGUACUCAACUCUACCAAGUGCGCACAACCAAUAUGGUUGGAAAUUUUUUGUGUUCCUGGUUAAAAUGGAUGGUUGAAAUGCCCCGCUUCUCAUCUGGAAGCAACCUACUCACUCUCUUAUGUCAUUUCCUUUCCCCCAUGUGAUAGAAUUUCCAUGGCAAACGAGUUUCCAAACAGCUGUGAAUAACAUGGCAACAGCUUCUCAUUUGGUCACUUGAAAGUCUCUACUGGUUGCAGCAAGAUGUGGUAGGACUGAAGAAGGCCUGGUAUUGCUUGGAAACUGAAAAAAAUCUAAAAGAAAUGUGGUAUGCUACAGAAUGUGAUCUCCUCUUCUUAAGAGAUGAAUAGAGCCUUCUGCUUUAUGACUCAUGUUUUUUAUAAAAUGGCAUCUUUUAAGUCACAUCUUUAAAGGGUACAACAUGGGUCCUGUCCAAAGUUGUGACCAAUAUUAUAUUGGUUAUUUUUGCUAGUUGGCCUUUCUAGCCAGGUCAGUCGAAGGCCAUAGGCUUUGGAGUUUGAGGCAUUCUUCAAGAGGGAUAUGAUACAAAAUAUCCCUCAAAUUUUGUCUGUUACACAGAUUUGAUGCUAAAAGUCGGUGCCUAAUUUUAGUAAAUCAGCCUAGAAAUUUGCUGAUUUCCAGUAAAUAAUUCAAACUUGAUGCAGUUCAUACACCUUAUUUUGAAAAUUGAUAUUUAACUAAAAUCAGUUGAAGAAUGUAGAAAAUAUCAGAUUUUGAAGCUGAAGAUAUUUAUUGAAAGGCAAUACUUUCAUGAAUCUAGGCUUAUGGUAUGUGUUAAUUACAUCAAAGACAGGCAAAUAUCUCUAUUUGUUUGUAUUAAUGUAUGUCGAUGUUUUAUUUAUUUUUGUUUGAAAAUUUCUAAAUGUGUAUUAUUUUAAUUAUGUUGAGUGUAAAUUUGACAAUGCUUUGCAUUUAUUUUUAUAUUUUAAAAACCUGUUGCUUUUGCGAAAAUAUGAGCAGCCAGUGUGAUUUGCAGUACCAGAGCAUUAUUUUGGUUAUAUACACACAGUGUGUCUGAGUUUACAGACAUUUCAGGGAUUGCUAAAAUGAAACAAACAAAAAAAUCUCCAAAAUCAACUCAUCUUAAAAGUUUGUAACCCCUUUUUUUUGUGGCAAAAGAGAAAAAAGAACAAGCAAACAACUUUUUUUUAGAUUUCAAUUAUGCCAGCAUGCUCCUACAUGAAUUCACCAGACAUGUUGAGUUUCAUUUUUGGAGUGUAUUAUGUUGAAUCACAUGAUAUGAAUGUACAUCUUGUAACAGUGAGAUAUGAAUAAACUUAUAAAUAUUUGUAA